AUGACGGUGGGGGAGGAGCAGGGGGUGCGCACAGCAGGAGGGUCUGAGCUUCGAGAACUACAGAAAAUGAUUGACAGCCUCGAGAGCCCCCAGGACCCUACGCAGGUGGCCCAGGCACUCUUCCUCCGGAGGGAGGUUAUGUUUCUGCAGUUUGAUGCUGCAGUGAGGCAUCUCAUCCGAAGAACAUUUUUGGCAGCUGGAAACGUUCCUGCCUAUCAGUCUGUCACAGACGGCAUGUACCAUGGGCUGCCCCCACUGAGCAACUCCCUCCUGAAGAGCAUUUUUGCUUCACAGCUCAGCCUGCCCCAGCCACUGGAUCCGCGGAGCCCCCAGGCAUUUGUGCUGUUCCCUUGGAGAGCAUUUCUGGAAGAUGGAGGACCAUUCCCAGUUAUGAGUAGCAGCCCAGAUACUCUAGAAUAUAACAUGCAGGAGAGAAUCAUGGUUCAGCUGGUAUCAGCCUUGGCUGUAGACUCAGCUGAAGUUCUCGUGGCAGUAGUGGUCUGGGAGAGUGGCUGUCACCCCCUGAGCCUCUUAGGGAAACUGGCAGCUCAGAGGCGGGUGACUCCUGAUCCGUCUACAAGCAGUGGUGGGAAGGGAACUUUUUAA